CCUCCCCGUCUUCCCAACAGGUCAUCCACCGUCUGCACAUGCCUUACCUGGAUGAUGAACUCAAUCACUCGGGCUGGAAUGCACCCAUCAGCUCCUUUGGGGACACUGGCAUUGAGCGCAACUGCCUCGUCCUCCCGGGUCUGCGCUCCGGCCGUGUUUAUGUGGUGGACACGGGCUCUGACCUGUGCGCUCCCAGCUUGUGCAAAAUCAUCGAACCCCGAGAAAUCAUCAAGAAAACCAAUUUGGGUUUCUUGUACAGACCACGUUGCUUAAGCAGCAGGGAGGUUUUGAUCAGCGCCUUUGGAGAUGCGUUCGGCAACGGAAGAGGUGGACUUCUCGUUCUGGACCCGGAAACCUGGGAAGUGAAAGGGAGCUGGGAGUGUCCGGAAGAUGGACGUGACAAAAUGGAUGACUUCUGGUACCAGCCGCGGCACAACGUCCUGAUUAGCGCCCAUGGACCGGAGCCCAAGUUCAUUAUGAGUGGGUUCAGUCCAGACAAUCUGAGAAAAGGGCGAUAUGGCGGUCACCUUGAUGUCUGGGACUUGACCACCCACCGCCUCCUCCAGUCAAUUGACCUGGGUGAAGAUUCGGGCCCAAUAGAGGUCUGUUUCUUGCACAACCCCAACUCGGUCCAUGGUUAUGUGUCCUGCCCUCUAGAGAGCUCAAUCCACCAUUUCUUCAAGACAGAGGGUGGAUGCUGGGUGGCUGAGAAAGUGAUCCAAGUGCCAAACAAGAAAGUAUCAGGAUGGAUCUACCCCGAAAUGUCAGGGUUCGUUUUCGAUAUCGUCAUCUCUCUGGAUGACCGGUUCCUCUAUGCAUGCAACUGGGUGCAUGGCGAUGUCCGCCAAUACGAUAUCACAGACCCGCACUGUCCCAAACUGGUCGGGCAGGUGUUUGUGGGGGGCUGCCUUGAGAAAGGGGGCUCUGUAACUGUCCUUGAGGAUCCAGAGCUGGAUUGCCAACCUGAUCCCUUUGUGAUCCAGGGAAAGAAGGUUCAAGGAGGGCCUGUAAAGCUUCAGCUGAGCUUGGACGGCGCUCGUCUCUAUGUCACCAGCUCUGUUUUCACGCCUUGGGACAAGCAAUUUUACCCUAAGUUGGUCAGGGAAGGUUCGGUCAUGCUCCAGCUGGAUGUGGACACCGAGAAGGGCGGUCUUUGUGUGAACCCGGAAUUCCUGGUGGAUUUCGGGCAUGAACCAUGCGGUCCAGCUCGGGCGAGAGAUAUGCGCUAUCCUGGCGGGGAUUGCACCUCUGACAUCUGGGAUUAGCGUGCAUCCUUUCCAGGUCGUCUUCAAGUCGAUGGGAGAAUCACGAAUUGGAAUCCACUAAAUAUUUUUUAGUUCAGUGCUUGCUGUGGUGACUUCUUGCUGUAAAUGUCAACAUAAGACAUACAAUUGUUCUAGUAGUGUAUAUCCAUCUCUUUCUCUGAGUGUCCUUGGGACUGCUUCCUGCCUGCUUCCUCCCUUCUCCAGCUCUGAAAGAACCAACUCACAAUGUCUCCAUGGCAGCCUCAUUUUUUCCCUUCAUUUUUUGCUCCCUUUCUCCUCUUUCCUCCUCUUCUGUUUCUCUUUCUUACCGUCUUAUCAACAGCUUGGUGUAUAAGGCCUUUUAUAAGGAGGGUCUCUGUAGAGAUCUUCUGUUCUGAUCACAAAUAUUAUACAUAGGCUGAUCCCGUUAAAAAAUAAAGUGGU